GWGGUGAAGGUGGCUUCGGAGAUUAUGGAGCUCAACUGCGGGUCCCUCUCUUCCCUCGCUUCCCGUACUUACGCAUGCGCUGGGAAGACAGAGACAGAGCAGCUGAAAGAUUGGGUUUGUGUAUGAGUUAAAAAGAACAGAGAGAGGUCCUUGAGGCAACCUGCACAUCUUUUAUCACAUCUUUAAUUUAUUGAAGCCUAUAAUAGAAGCUACUGAAAUUCCACUGAAUAGACACAGCUGAAUAGUAAUCAGCCGGGGGAUGAGGAGACAUGCUUAACUUCUCUUGCCUUUUUUUUUUCUUUUUCUAAAUCCUCCCUUGCUAUUUGACAAUCAUCUCCUUAUUCAAUACAUCUGCAGCCCUAGAUAUUGUCUGCUAUGAGAGCAUAUUGCAGCAUWGGACCAAAAGGUUUGUUCUUGUGCAACUGAGAUGAGAGGUGGGUGUGUGAUUGUUACCUGCCUUUUGUCUUCCCUACUUAGGAUUUGUCUCUGAAGGGGCGUUGUGCCACUGCCAUGACCCUCCUGUGGUUCUCCGGACUCACCCUGGUCAUCUCCGCCCUCAUCCCUCUCCGGUCCCUGGGCUGCCCCUAUGGAUGUCGCUGCUACAGCCUUACAGUGGAGUGCGGAUCACUGGGGMUCAAGGAAAUCCCACAGGGUGCUCCCUCCAUCACGGAGACGAUCUUCCUCCAGGACAACGCCAUAGUACAGAUUCGUCUUCAGGAUCUGAAUCGCCUGAGAAGCCUCCAUUAUUUGUACCUCCAGAACAACAGCAUCUCGGCGCUGGAACCUGGGGCCUUUCUCAACCAGGGCCAGCUGCUGGAGUUGGCUCUCAAUGGAAACCUCAUCCACCUGGUCACCCCUGACAUGUUCCGGGGUCUGGAGCACCUCCGCAUCCUCUACCUUGCUGGCAACCAGAUCACUCGCAUCCAAGACCACACCUUCAGGGGACUGCAGCGCCUGCAGGAACUGCACCUGCAGGACAACAGCAUAGAGUUGYUGGCCGAGCACGCUCUGUCUGGCUUAUCGUCUCUAGCUCUGCUGGACCUCAGCAGGAAUCAUCUCCGCACUUUGGGAGCCUCGUUCCUCAAACCCCUYGUCAGCCUGCAAGUCCUCCGUAUCACAGAGAACCCGUGGCGAUGUGACUGCGCUCUCGGUUGGCUAAGAACGUGGAUUGGCGAAGAUGGACAGCGUUUGCUAAGUUCGGCAGAGCAGCGCCGCUUGAUGUGUGCAGAGCCACCUCGUCUUUCCCACCUUAGCCUGGCAGAGGUUGCUCCGAACAGCCUGGUGUGCAUUCCGCCUGUGGUACAACUGGAGCCCAACCACCUGACUGUGCGACUCGGCGAGAGCCUCCGAGUGUCCUGCCAGGCCUCUGGAUACCCACAACCUCAGGUGACCUGGAAAAAAGCUUCCCACGGCAAGACCCAGUUGUCACCUCGAGGUCUUUUUCAAGAGCUGGGACCCAAUGGGGAGUUGUUCCGGCCAGGGCCGGGCGGAGUGGUGACAGCCCUGCCUAGCACCGGGGGGAUCAAGGCAGGAGGCGCCGAAGGAAUCCAGGGACUCGUGCGAGGGGCCGAGGAGGGCGGCGAAAGAGAUAGCUUUGAUCCAGACAUGGGCAGCGGCAUGCUAUUCCUCAGUAAUGUGACUGUAGCACAUGCCGGGCGCUACGAAUGCGAGGCCUGGAACCCGGGUGGAGUGGCGAGGGUUACUUUUCACCUGGCUGUCAACAUGUCUUCUUCCUCGUACUCAUCCCAGCUCUGGCCUCGUUUGAACACACACUCCUACGUUUCGUCAUCGUCCAGCUCCUUCUAUCAGCCGGAAGUCCUGGACGUCAGCCAGGAGCCCCUGUACGAGCAGGACAGCAUGGACUUCAGCGCUCUGGGUCCAGCCACACAGACCGCCAUCGCUAUUGGGAUCUCCCUGCUGGCUCUCACCGCCGUUCUUCUCCUGAUUAUGAUCUACACUCGCCACCAGCAGUACCAAAAAGAGGACAGUGGCUCCUACUGCACCAGCAAAGAGGAGAGCAUCCUUUACGUGAAUGACUACUCUGACGGACCGACAACCUUUGCUCAGCUGGAGGAGUACCGCGACGAUCACGGCCAUGAGAUGUAUGUCCUGAACCGAACCAAGCCCGUCAUGGGCUCCGCUUCAUCCAGGUGUCCAAUGAUGAGCGGCUUUGUCCAGCAGAAGGGAAUGAAAGAAGCUCUCCUGGAACACGAAAUGGUUCAGACACUGACGAGAUCAGGGGGCCUGGGGUUUCGCAGGAACCCGACUGAAGGUGGCGAGGGCCCGCUGACGGCAGACCCAGAAGAACUGCUUCUCAGCCAGAGCCUUCUGUUUGGAUCUCAGGUUGCCUAUGAGAUCCACUGCUGAAGCAUCUUUAAUGGGUGAAAGUAAAUGUCAAAGGACUUAAAGACAUUACCAAUCAUCUUGUAAGAAUUUAAAGCAUCAGAUUAUUAUCUGGCCUUCGACAAAGAAGAGACACUCGGAUAGUGAUUGCAGAGGGAGAACUGGAUCGUUUCCAGCUUUCCAAAUACCCGCUUCUAAUUGAUUGUGUGACAAAAAGAUGCGUUCGAGGACUGGACAGUGGUAAUUACAGAGAAAACAACAAUUGGCCAAUGGUUUCAGUCUCCAAACAGACCCUUUAAGGAUAAUUACAAGUGGCUGACUUCACCAGAAAUCUGUAUUGYARUUAAACUAAAUCCUCCCCCAAACUGUGCAGUGUAUGGUUGUAACAAUUGUCAGUGGUUGGUAAUGAAUAUUUUCUAUAAAUGUUUUUCUUUGUWUUAUUUUAAAUGUUUUGUCUCCAGGUAUGUUGAAGUUAAUUUCAUGUGAAGUAGAGCUGUUUUGUGGACCCUGUUACAAAUUUCAUUAGAAUUAGACCAACAACAAUCGUCUAAUGGAAGACGCAUCAUCAGUGUGUGGCCAGACGGGAUUCACAGGGUCCAACAAAUAUUGCAAAAAGUCAGAGUUCUCAACGUUCGCAUCGCUUCACUUCACCGUAGGCUUUUAUCUUUUGAACAUGUCUUGUGUUUUCUUCAUUUAUGCCAUUAAACCGAAAACAGGAGUUUGAUCUGGARUAUUAUUUGGAGGUCCUCGGGUGUAAAACACAACAAAAUAUGUGGACAUCACACAACAAAACCAAAGACAAUAUUUUWUACAAAAAAACAACAACAACACAGGAAUAAAAGCCUCUUGCAACAAAACAAUUCAUAGGUCAAUUUGUACAUCCAAACUGAUGACUUCAAGUAGCUUUCCCUGAUCUUCAGUCACAUUUCAGAAGACCACAAGUCAAGCAGAAGCAUARCCCAAAAUAAUAAAAAAAUGUGGGAUUACAUUUAGCUACAUGUGAGCUUAUAGGCUAGGAUUGUUUGUCUAGAUUGUCUAAUUGAUGUUGACUGGUUAAUCAUGGUACAUGACCUCAAAUUAAUUUAGUUGCAGAUAGAAACACAGGUAGAGGUACAGAAUUUAAAUUUAAAAAAAAAAGUAUUUGUUUCCUUUAAGAUUUGUUCUGGUUUAGCUUUCUUUCCCCCAAACCCCCACACAUAAACAUCUAGCCCAAACCCACUUAGCCAGACGUGAAAACUAACGAUUUAACAGUGAUCAGCCACAUGUUUUUGUUCUGGUUAACCAUUCACCCUCAGUGGAAGUAGACCAAAAUACCUAAACGAAAACCAACACAGAUUAGAAUGAAGUCACAUACAUCUGAUCUGAAAAGGUUUCCAAAGCUGUUUUAAAACUUAAGAGACUCCAGUGAACUGCAGUGAGCAACAUUAUUACAAAUGGAGAACAAGUAGGUGGUGAAAUGUUCUGACUUCAAAAUUACUUCAAAAGCGCGUCAACGGCUCAUCCAGGAGGUUGUGGACGAACCUAGAACAGCAUCUAAAGCUCUGCAGGCUUCAUUUGAAGUUGUGUUUUCUGAUGUCAGAUUCUGUUAUAGUUCCCCUCAGUGUAAAGGGGAUGUCACAUAGUCGUGAGCUUUCUGAAAAUAUGAAUAAAAAUCAUAGGGUGACACGUACGCCAUCUGUUCUAGCUGAUUGUAGAUGUACAAUCUACAAUCAACUCAACUUGAAAAUGUUCAUCUCUGAUUGAUAGAGCAUUAUGAUGCUAAGAGUGUACGGUUUCAGAACAGACCUUCAUAUAAAACCUAAUGAUAAAAAUAAAAUCAUGUUUGAGAAAAAUAAAUAAAUAAGAAUUGUACUGAACAAACUCAACCAUAGAGAUAACAUCUGGAGAAAAUACAAUAAAACACAUUAUGUAUUUUGUUAUGUCGUUCUGUUUCCUGAUUUUUUCCUCAUUUACAAUUUGUAUUAAUUUGUACUUUGUACUUUUCAGUGGCUUAAUAUUAGCUAUUAUUAUUAUUAUUAUUAUUAUUAUUAUUAUUAUUAUUACUUAUGCAAAAAUGUUUAAAUGCUUACCAUUUUUGUUGUGUUUUCCAAUGUGUUCAUUGCUUUUGAUGUUACGCACAUCAAAGCCACUUUGACUAAAAUUGUGUUAAAAAAAACAACUUGCCCUGCUAACACCAGACUGUGACAACUAACUGAAUGUGAAUACUGUACAUUAAGUUUCCUAUUUGUAUACAUUAAAACGUCUCAAAACGAGUCGUUGUUUGUCCUGCUCUCUGGUCAUUUCAACGAUUGUGGGUGUUUCUUUGGUACGGCUUCGAGACUUGACACAUUUCUGUCUUGUUACUUUUCAACUCGUGACACACAGCAAGUCCGAGUGAGUAACACUCUGUGAAAGCGGGUUUUUAAAGAGAGACUCUUGUUGUCAGUAAUUGUGUUGCUCAGUCUAAGAGCUCUACAGUUCAUACGCACCCUUCGCUGCAAAGUACUUUGGUUCGAGAUGUGCUUUCAGAACUACUUGCAGAAUAAGAUAGAUUGAUGCUAUUGAAAAUGUGUUUCGCGCAGUCAAAAAAAAAAAAAA